AUAAAAGCUGCAGCUCAGCCAUAAACCAUACAACAAAACACGCUUCCAUUCCCCCCAUUACAGAUUUGCACCCAAAAGCCCAUAAGACACAGAAAUUAAAGACAUAGCCAGUAACAUGGCGCUCGGAAUGUGGGCUUCUUCCACUGCCACUGCACUCAAAAUCUCCUCUGCCUCCAAAUCUCACCUUUCACUCGCAUUCUCCUUCUCCAGAUGCUUUUCCACUGUUUUGGACGGGUUGAAAUAUGCCAAGUCACAUGAAUGGGCGAAGCAUGAAGGUUCUGUGGCUACCAUUGGCAUCACUGACCAUGCUCAGGACCAUCUUGGAGAAGUGGUGUUUGUGGAGCUGCCUGAAGCAGGUAGUUCAGUGAGCCAAGGAAAAGGGUUUGGAGCUGUGGAAAGUGUUAAAGCAACCAGUGAUGUCAAUUCUCCGAUCUCAGGCGAAGUCGUUGAGGUUAACUCCAAUCUCACUGAAGCUCCUGGCUUGAUCAAUAAAAGUCCAUAUGAAGAAGGAUGGAUGAUCAAGGUGAAGCCCAGCAGUCCAUCAGAACUAGAAUCAUUGAUGGGUUCAAAUGAAUACACCAAAUUCUGCGAGGAAGAAGACGCUUCCCACUAAAAACCCUUUGUACCUUAUUUUCAGCUUCUGCCAACAAAUAUUGUUCUACAUCUUUUAUGUUUUGUCCAUCAUAACAUCAACCCUUUCUAGUAAUAAAAUCUUUAUUCCACUUUAAUAUAUA